CUGGAUCAAUAUUUAUUUCUGUUUUGUUAGUUUUAUAUUCUAUAUUUUAGUUAAGCCAGUUUUUUUAUGAGUCACUAAAAUUGUGAUGUUUUUACAAAAUAUUUAACUUUGAUUUAAUAUUUGUUUUUUUAAAUUAUAAUUUGAUUUUAAUUUGGUGUAGUUAAUUAGUUUAUUAUUGUUUAUAUAGAUAUUUUAAUUAUAGUUUUGUAUUUUUGUUUUAGUUUAUUAUUGAGGUUUAUGAAAUUUUGAAAAUGCAUAUAUCACUUAUAAAACUUAUAAGCUAACAAAAUCCCAAAAUUGAGGAGAAAAAAACAUUGUUUAAGACCAGUCUAAAAUUGCAUUAUUUAAAAUAUAACAAUAUAUUAAAAACAAUCAACUGAAGUGAAUAUUGAUCAUUUUAAUCAAAAUUGUUGAUCUAAAUAAUUCUUUUUUUUUAAACAACACACAUAAACGUAAUUUCAAAUAAAUUUUUUUUUUCAUUUUUAUUUAAAUAAGAUAAACUCGUUGGCCCUCAAAAACCUUUUUCUAGGGCUUUCUUCUAGUCUAUAAAUCGCCCCAAACAGAGAGAGAGAGAGAGAGAUUAGUUUUCUUUCUUGAGAGAUCUCUUCAGCUCCUAUGGCGUCAAACACCAGCCGUAAUUCCAAGCAAAGAAACGGACCUCCGCCGGGGAGAAAGAAGAAACAUAAGGUGAAUCAGCUUAAACCAGGUACGAGCGGUCACACUUUGACCUUUAAGGUCGUGGAUCAGUAUUCAGUUACUUCUUUCAUUAGACCUGGUCGGAUCGCUGAGUGCCUCGUUGGAGAUGAGACUGCUUCCAUCAUCUUCACCGCUCGCAACGAUCAAGUGGACUUGAUGAAGCCAGGAACUACUGUGAAUCUCCGGAAUACAAAGAUAAAUAUGUUCCACGGAUUCAUGGGGCUUGCUGUUAACAAAUUUGGUCGCAUCGAGGUCGUCACUGAACCAGCUGAUGACAUAACUGUUAAAGAGGACAACAAUCUAUCCCUUGUGGAGUAUGAGCCCGUCUAUCUCUAGACCCGUGUCUAAUAGGUUAUGUGUCAAUGAGUUUUGGCCAAAUGUUUUAUCUUAUGAUGUUGCAGGUUUGCUAUUUAUCUAAUAGGUUAUGUGUUUUUGUUGCAUUAUCAUUUAUCUUUUGUAACCUAUUCUCUCUCCUUUUGUGAGGCUUGAAUGAACCAAAAAGAUAAAGAAAGAUAAAUUCGUUUUUAUUAAAUCACAUACUUUAAAUAUAUUAAUUUAUAUUUAUAUUAAAUUACCUUUUUAUUUUAAACUUCUUUUUAUAUAUAUAACGGUGUUAUUCAAUUAGUGAUUUAAAGUUAAUUAUUAAUGUUUUGUAAUCUAUCAAAAUUUUAUGAUAUUUCAAGUUGGCGGAUUUUAUAUGCAGUAUGCAUUGAAUUUUGAAUUCGAUUAUUUAUUCAUAAGAUUCCAUAAAAAAUGAUUUGAAAUCCAUCUAAAAUGUAAAGAAUUCUAAAAUCUUUGAAAACUAAAUAA